AAUGCUCAGCAAAUUAUUGAGAUCAACAUCAAAAGUGAACUAACACACUGUGAAUGCAUUCAGUAGUAAGGUCAUGAAAGGAGAAUAUGUGAUUGGUAUCGAUUUAGGAACUACAAACUCUUGUGUGUCAAUUAUGGAAUGUAUUGAUAUAGUUUAUAUAUAUUUCAGCUGGAACACCAAAAGUUAUUGAGAAUGCAGAAGGUAUGAGAACUACUCCAUCUGUCGUUGCAUUUACAGCUGAUGGAUAAAGAAUAGUAGGAGCUCCAGCAAAGAGAUAAGCUGUAACAAAUCCUGAAAAUACAGUUUAUGCAACAAAGAGAUUAAUUGGUAGAAGAUAUGAUGAUCCAAAUGUUUAAAAAGACAUCAAACAUUUAAGUUAUUCUGUUGUUAGAGCUUAAAAUGGUGAUGCUUGGGUUAGUUUGAAAAGUAAAUAUUUUUAUUAAUCAUUUAGGUGGUUAAACCUAUUCACCAUCAUAAAUUGGUGCUUUCGUUUUAAUAAAGAUGAAGGAAACAGCUGAUGCUUAUAUUGGUAAGCCAUAAUCAAAAGCUGUUGUUACAGUACCUGCUUAUUUCAAUGAUUCUUAAAGAUAAGCAACUAAAGAUGCUGGUAAAAUUGCUGGUUUAGAUGUUCUAAGAAUUAUUAAUGAACCUACAGCAGCUGCAUUGGCAUUUGGUUUGGAAAAGAAAGAUAAUAAAAUUAUAGCAGUUUAUGAUUUAGGAGGUGGUACUUUUGAUAUUUCUAUUUUGGAAAUUAAUGCAGGAGUCUUUGAAGUUAAAGCUACAAAUGGUGAUACAAGUUGUGGAGGUGAGGAUGUUGAUUCAAUUUUAUCUAAUUGGAUUAGUUAAGAAUUCAAGGCAUAAGCUGGUGUAGAUAUUUCUAAAGAUAAAAUGGCUGUCUAAAGAGUAAGAGAAGCUGCUGAAAAAGCUAAAAUUGAAUUGUCAUCAACAACUUAAACAGAUAUUAAUUUACCUUAUUUAACUGCUGAUGCUUCAGGUCCCAAACAUUGCAAUCUUAAAUUAACAAGAGCUAAACUUGAAUCUUUGACUGAAGAUUUCCUUAAGAAAACAAUUAAACCAACUGAAAAUUGUAUUAAAGAUUCUGGUGUAGAUAAAAGCAAAAUUGAUGAAGUCAUUUUAGUUGGAGGUAUGAGUAGAAUGCCAAAAGUCUAAAAAUUGGUCUAAGAUCUCUUUAAUAAACCACCCAAUAAAUCAGUUAAUCCUGAUGAAGCAGUCUCUAUAGGUGCUGCUAUUUAAGGUGGUGUUUUGAAAGGAGAUGUCAAAGAAUUAUUAUUAUUGGAUGUUACUCCUCUUUCUUUAGGUAUUGAAACAUUAGGAGGAGUAUUUACUAAAAUGAUUCCAAGAAAUACAACUAUUCCAACCAAAAAGAGUUAAACUUAUUCAACUGCUAGUGACAAUUAAACUGUUGUUUCAAUUAGAGUCUUUUAAGGUGAAAGAGAAAUGGCUGCUGAUAAUAAAUUAUUAGGAUAAUUUGAUUUAUCAGGUAUCCCACCUGCUCCAAGAGGAGUACCAUAAAUUGAUGUUACUUUUGAUAUUGAUGCUAAUGGUAUUGUCCAUGUUUCUGCUAAAGAUAAAGCAACAGCAAAAGAUCAUUCAAUUACUAUUUAAUCAUCAGGUGGAUUAAGUGAAGCUGAAAUUUAAGAUAUGAUUAAUAAAGCUGAAAAGUAUAAGGAUGAAGAUAAAAAGAGAAGAGUAUUAUUUUAUUAUUAAUUUAAUAGGAACUUGUUGAUUUAAAGAAUGAAGCUGAUGGAGCUAUUUUCAAUACAGAAAAAUCAUUGAAUGAACACAAGGCUAAAUUAUAACCAAAUGAAGUUCAAGAAAUUGAAAGUGCUAUUUAAAAUUUGAGAGUACUCUUAACUGAAAAUCUCACUGCCAAUGAUGUUUAAAGACUUAAGGAUGCUGUUGAGAAUGUUAAGAAUUCAGCUAUGAAAAUUGGAUAAGCAAUGUAUUAAUUAUUCAUAAUUGAUUUCUAGGUAUCGUAAUACAGGUGGUGCAAGUGAAUAAUAACAAUAAUAAUCUUCGGAAUAAUAAGGAGAAUAAUAACAAUAAUAAGAAGGUGGAGAAAACAACAACAAUAAAUAAAAUUGAU